AUGGCACCACUUAAUAUAAUAACAAGUCUUUGUGUACUAGCAGCAUUGAUUCUACAAGUAAUUGCAUUAUGUGGCAACCUCCCUGGACUACGGAACGUGUAUUUUGUGCGGGUAGAUGCUGUGGUGACCAAUUCGUUAUUUGAUCGUAUACGACACAACAUUUUUGGUAUCCCGGAUACCAUCACCUUUGCAUCCUUUGUGAUCUGUCAAAGCUUUACGUCAGGACAACGACCCACGCUAUGUACUGAUCCAAGCUUGGGAUAUCGUUAUGAUGCAAGUGGGCUCUUGGGUACUUUGGAAGAUGCUAUACCAGAAGAUUUGCAUCGUUUCCUCUCUGUUGCACAAGCCGGUGUCUUGAUCCCUUCAGCAUGUUUUUGCUUUUUUGCCUUGGUGGGAUGUCUAUUGCGAGCUUGUAGGCGAUCCGAUCGACUUGGACGACCCUGUUUGCUUUCUAUUAUCAUUCAAACAGCACUUGCAUUUGCAUUGGCAUCGAUUGCAGUGGAAGUAGCUGGAUACAAGGCAGUGGGCAAAGCAUUGGGAGAAGCCGAAGAGCAUAUUCCGGGCCGAUCCGUGCAACUUGCAUCAGCCAUAGGCCCAGCUAUUUGGAUCACGGUGGCAGCGGCUAUCUUAUUGGCAAUCACUACCGUUAUCUAUAUAGCCGAACUUUGUCAUAUACAUCGACGACAAAAAAGGUCGCGUUGGCAACAACAGCAAGAAGCGCUGGAAAUGGGCCCUGUGCACUGA